AUGAGUCUGGGGUUUUCAAGAUUAUGUCCUCUAUUUGAAAAUGUUAUCAGAGAUCCGUUAUUGUUAUCAUAUUUCGUUCAAUAUCUAAGAACAAUUAAUUCGGAAAAUACUUUCCGGUUCUGGUUGGAACUCUCUGGAUGCAUGAAUCGAACCAAUGUCAAUGAAGAUUCCUCUGGGUUCAAAUCGAAGGAGUCUGUUUCAUCAGAUGAAAUGAUUGCUGAGUUGCGCGAGAAGAUAUCACAUUUACCAGUCAACAAUGUUACGACGAUCUACUUUCGUUACAUAUCUUGUGAAGCCAAACUCCCAGUCGAAUUGCCGCAAAAACUUCUUUCGGCAACUUUGUCUGGCGACCCGACUUCUGCCCUACUAACUUUUCUUAUGGCUGUAAAUGCUUACAAAAAGGAAUUUACUGAGUUGAUGCUUAAGGAGGAUCAAGCAGAAUCGGUGGACGAACGUCAUCAACAGCUUCUCCAUGACGCUACGACUAUUUGUGCAAAAUAUCUUUCCCCUGCUUCUGAUGAUUUCAUGGGUCUCACUUCGGAGCAGUACCGAGGCGUUCUUGACGCCGCUUGCGCUGAGAAGGAACCUCGAGAAAACUGUUUCGAUGACCUUUACAAACUAAUUCACAAAACAGUCGAGAAAAAUAUCCUUCCAUCCUUUUUCGUCUCAGUGCCCUUUUCACGCUAUCGGGACAAGAUUGUUAGCAAACCGGGUUAUGGUGCCCUUGCAAGUAGACUAAGGAAACGCUACAUACGCAAGAAUCUAUCUGGUAGACGUCAACCACCACGACAAUUGGCACCAAUUCAGCUGAAUGUGUUAGCUCUGUCUGAUGCCUCUUUGGCCAAUCGGUUGCCCAGAGUUUAUUUGGAAGAGACAAACUCAUUAGAUGGUAUUACGCGUCGUUUAGCCCGCUGUGACAUCGUCGCGAUAGGUGACCGACCGCUUGCUGGCAGAUUCCGUGGCAUUAUUCGUCGCGAAGAUAUUCGUGCGGCUCAGCGAGAUCGUGCCGAACCUACGCUUUCCUUCCGUCCCGGUGAUCUGGUUCGUGCGCGUGUCAUAAACAUCGUUGGCUCAAGUUCCGGCGCAUACGUCUCAACAUGCCUUCCAGACGCAGAGGCAUGUUGUCCUGAGGUCGGUGCUGUGGUUGCAGCUGCACGUGCUGUCGCUGGCGCCGUUCAGCCCUCACCAGCGCACGGAGUCACUGGGUCGAGCGCUGCAACAACAACUUAUCUCCUCUCCACUGCGGAGGAAGAGCUUGGUGUGGUUUUGGGCCUCGGGCGCCCGCCGCUCAGUGGAACUGCCAGCGUUCUUGGUGCCACAUCUGGGUGUCCACUUUUGCCUACUAGCUGGACGGAAAUGAUUUGCCCUCGUACACUCGUUAGGUUCCCACGUAAGGUGGCGAGAGUUCCUGAUGAACUGUUAAAAGUUCUUUUGUGUAAUUCGGAGGAGUUUGACUCUUCCAAGUGA